AUGUCCAUAACAUCCCCGGACAUUCUCAAAUCUGCUGGUCCCUUUUUACUGGGGUACCUCCUCAAUUACGGACUGUACGGUGUUCUCACAGUCCAGGUGUACGUCUAUUACACAGCUUUCCCAAACGACCGUACCGCGGUUAAAGCUAUAGUUUUCGGCGUAUUUCUCCUUGAAACGAUCCAACUUGUCAUGAUUACCUACGAUGCGUUCCAGAAUUUUGUCUAUGGGUUCGGGCGACCGGGAGCGUUCAACGAGCUUAAUUUACUUUCGUUUGAUGUUUGUAUCAUUGGAGGGGCAGUUGCGUUUCUGGUGCAAACGUUUUUUGCUUAUAGGAUUUUUCUGUUAUCCAAGUCGAAACUGCUAACAGGUGUUAUUGUACUGAUCUCACUCAUGCAACUCGGGGGUGCCAUCGCUACAGCAGCGCUGGAUGAAACCGUUAGUGUAUUAACAAAGUUCCGAGGAAAUUUCAUCUCGGCAUGUUUCUGGCUAGCAGGAAGUGCAGUGUGCGAUAUCGUGAUAGCAGUCUCAAUGACCUACGUUCUAUCCAGAUAUGAUGUGAGCUUCGGUGAUACGAGGAAUCUCGUUAGGCGUGUCAUCCGAUUGACUAUGGAGACCGGGAGUUUGACUGCCACUAUAGCAACACUUGACCUCAUCCUCUUCCUCUCGUCCAACUCCCUUUAUCACGUAACUCCCGCUUUGACACUGGCCAAGCUUUAUUCCAAUUCGAUGAUGGUGAUCUUCAAUAGCAGAGUCGAGAUCGCGGGUGGACGGCACUGGCAGUCAUCAGCUGAAGGGGGGAUAUCAAUAAUUUCCCAAGAGAAUUCGGGUUUGGGGCCGCUGUCUCGGGCUCGACCAAAACGAUUGCGGACGUAUCAUCCCCAGCUCAGUGUCGGGGUUAAACACGAGAUUGAGGUCGAUGUUGCUGAUGGUCCAAGGACAGCCCAGCGUUCAAAUGUGGAACUUCGCACACAUUCCAUUCAACUUGGUGAACUCAAGUCAAACGAAGAGCUUCAAGCACAGACAAGGAAGGACGACGUCGAGUCGGUUUGA